UUCAUAAAUAAGAAAUAUAGGUUUAUCUACUUUACAGCGAGUUCCCGUAGUGAUUAUGACUUUACUUUUCCUACUGUCAAGAUUAAACGUAACGCUAAGAGCGUCGUGACUUACAACUUCUCGCUACCAUCAAAAUUGAGAGGGUUGUGAUUAAAAAUUUCGAUGAGAAAAAAGAAAUUAUUUGUAGAUCAGUGAGAAUAUGGGAACGGAAAUACCUACGUUGGUAGUAAGAAUCUUGAUAUAAGUUACUGUUUGGUUGUAUUAUCAGUGAACAGUAGUUGAAAGUACUCAAUUUAUCUGAACCUAUGGAUAAAGGAGGGUAGAUAAAUAGAAAGGGAUAUUUUUUUUUAAACUGUAAUCUAAUCAACUUCCUCAAUGACAGUUGGAAUACAUCGUGCAUUGAAAAAAAAUAAAGAGAAAAAAAAAAAACAACAAAAUUUGAAGUUUUGAAUAUUAAUGUGUUUCAACUUCCGAAAUGAUAUAAUCAAGAAAGCUAUUCGAUUUCAACACAUAAGAUUGUCGAUAGGAGAACUAGUGUAAAUAAAGAAUUUAAACAGUAUUUUAAAUGUUGAAUGGAGGUUUAAAUUGUUAUAAGAACAUCGUUCUUUUAUAAUUCCUAAAAAUGUGCAAUAUUUUGGAAUUGUCUUUCAUAUUUUUUGCAAUUUUCUGUGAUAUUAUUCAUUCCUGGAACGAACCUGGCUUGCAGAGAGACGAAAAUAGAUAUAGAUGGCAGCGAGAUGAUCCAAAUUCCAGACUGCGGGGAAAGGUUUGUGGACCAUUAACUAGACGAUAUUGUUGUCGUGGUUGGACUAGAACUCCCGGUAGUUAUAGCUGCAUAAUUCCUACGUGUAUACAAAGUUGCAAUGGUGGUAGAUGUGUACAACCUAAUCGAUGUUACUGUCAAAAUGGACAGAUGUCUCAAAACUGUCCUCUAACACAAAACUGUAGUCCUGGAUGUUUGAAUGGAGGAAAAUGUUUGGGAAACAACAGGUGUGCAUGUUCUUAUGGAUUUUCAGGGAAAAGAUGUGAAGUUGACUACAGAACUGGACCAUGUUUUACCGAGUUGUCUGAUGAUAUGUGCAGGGGUCAGCUGACAGGUGUUGUAUGUACAAAACUGUUAUGUUGUGCCACUGUAGGAAAGGCAUGGGGCAAUCCUUGUGAACAAUGUCCAACAGGGCCGACUAUUUGUAGAAAGGGAUUCCUGCCAAAUCAUCAGACUAAAACUUGCCAAGAUAUAGAUGAAUGUAAAGCUAUUCCUGGUUUGUGUAUUGGAGGAAAGUGUGUCAAUACUAUGGGGUCUUACAUAUGUCAGUGUAGGGACGGCCAGCGAGAGAAUCCAAUAACAAAAAAAUGUGAAGAUUUAAAUGAAUGUGAAUCAGUACCAAAUGCUUGUACCAAUGGACAGUGUAUCAAUACAGAGGGUAGCUAUUUCUGUAGAUGUAAUCCUGGGUUUGAGUUGACAGCCGAUAGAACUCAGUGUCUUGCUAUUCUGAGAAAGUAUUGUUUCGGCAGAGUAUCUGGUUCCAGAUGCACUGAUAGAAUGUCCAGAUUGUUAUCCUUAUCUGACUGUUGUUGUGGAGUAGGCAGAGGAUGGGGAGAUUCGGAACAGUGUAUGCAAUGUCCAAUAUCAGGAACUCCUGGAUACCAGGAGUUAUGUAGACAAUUAGGAGGGAACCAGACUUUAAAUGAAUGCAGGAUAUUAUUGAACUUAUGUGACAAUGGCCGGUGUGUAGAUACACCAGAUGGGUACAGAUGUGAUUGUAAUGUUGGAUACAGACCAGAUUCAGCAGGACAUAGGUGUACAGACAUAAAUGAAUGUGUAGAAAGAAGAGGACUGUGUAGAAAUGGGAGAUGUAGGAAUACACCUGGAGGGUUUACGUGUGAUUGUAACACAGGUUAUGUCCUGUCAAAGGAUGGAACUUACUGCACAGACAUGAAUGAAUGUGCAACAACAAGGAUGUGCCCUAAUGGUCGUUGUGUUAAUAUGAAUGGUGGUUACAAAUGUGAAUGUAACCCUGGCUUUAGACAAUCACUCAACCAAAUGAUCUGUUAUGAUAUUGACGAAUGUAAUGAAAAUGGUAAACUAUGUAUAAAUGGUCAGUGUGAAAACACAGUAGGAUCCUAUAGAUGUAUAUGCGAUAGAGGUUUCCAACUUUCUCCAGAUGGUGCAUACUGUCUGGAUUAUAAUGAAUGUGCCAAGUCUGGGAUGUGUACUCAUGGUAAAUGUGUGAAUAUGAAUGGUGGUUACAUGUGUAUCUGUAAUCCAGGAUUUGUUGCUGCACCUGAUGGAAAAGUGUGCAUUGAUGUAGAUGAAUGUGAGAGAAAUCCAUGUGUUAAUGGAAUCUGUAUAAAUAACCAAGGAAGUUUUAGAUGUGAAUGUCCAGAAAGCUUCCAACUACAGACAGAUGGCAGAACUUGCUUAGAUGUGAAGACUGAUAUAUGUUACCAAGACAAGAAGAGAGGCGUGUGUGUUUUGCCCCUUCCACGGCCAAUGACAAGAUCCAUGUGUUGCUGCACAGAUAUAAGUUCAGCUCUUUAUAAAAGAUGGGGCGCUGCAUGUGAAAUUUGUCCUCUGACAGGAACCCCACAGUAUAAACAACUGUGUGAUGCUUUGCCAGACAUAGAUGUGAACGAAUGUGCCAUGAAUCCAGAGAUAUGCCAGAAUGGAGCAUGUGAAAACUUAGACAAGUCUUAUAGAUGUAUCUGUAACCCUGGUUAUCAAGUAGACCAGUCUGGUAAAAGAUGCCGAGAUAUUAAUGAAUGCCAAACAUACCCCCAUUUUUGUACUGGAGGACAGUGUAGGAAUACAGAAGGAAGCUAUCAUUGCACUUGUCCUACUGGGUAUAGAUUUAAUCCAGACCGGUCUUCUUGUCAAGAUAUAAAUGAAUGUGUUGAGAGUAAACCAUGUAUUGAUGCCCGCUGUACAAACACUCCAGGAAGUUUUAAAUGUGACUGUACUGAUCCAGGAAUGAGAUUAGACUCCACUGGCAGAAUAUGUAUAGAUGACAGAAGAGCCUCUUGUUGGUUGGAGGUGAGAGGAGGUAGAUGUGAGAAAGAUAUAAAGACACCUGUAACUAAAGCUGAGUGUUGUGGCAGUAUAGGAAAAGCUUGGGGAAGUCCUUGUGAAGAAUGUCCAAGAUCUGAGGAUAUGAAAUGCAGAAAAGGAUUCAAAUCUGAUGAUGGAAUAACUUGCAUAGACAUUAAUGAAUGUGAAUUAUUUCCUGAUAUAUGUGUUGGUGGAUUCUGUACAAAUACCAGAGGAUCAUUUAGGUGCACCUGUCCUCCGGGGCUUUCACUGGAUUCCUCAGGGCGUAAAUGUGUAGAUACGCGACAGUCAUCAUGUUUUAUGGAGUACAGCAGAGGAUUAUGUUCCAGUCCUAUCUUUGGAAACUACCUGAAAUCUACCUGUUGUUGUUCAUUAGGAAAGGCUUGGGGAUCCCCUUAUAAAUCAUGUCCUAGAAAGGGAACAGAUGAAUACACAUCUCUUUGUGGCAGUGUAGUAGAUUUGAUAAAUGAAUGUGUAGAGUUCCCUGAUGUUUGUUAUAAUGGACAAUGUAAGAAUACAUUAGAAGGAUUUGAAUGUAUUUGUAAUCCUGGCUUUGCUACAGACCAACGAGGGGUAAAUUGUACAGAUAUAGACGAAUGUAAGAUUUCCUUUGGUGUAUGUGGUGAUGGUACCUGUGUCAAUCUACCUGGUAGAUUCAGGUGUCAAUGUAAUGUAGGAUUUGAACCAGUCAUGAUGGAACAAAUGUGUAUGGAUAUUGAUGAGUGUCAGACCCAGCCAAAUAUAUGUACAGGAGGUACAUGUGAAAACUCACCAGGAAGUUAUAUCUGUCAUUGUCCACCAGGUCAUAUACUGUCACCAGAUGGACGAUCAUGUAGAGAUGUGAAUGAAUGUUCAGAAGACAGCAGUAUCUGUACUAACGGUAUCUGUGAGAAUUAUAUGGGUGGAUAUCAGUGUCGAUGUCUGGAUGGAUAUCAGCCUAAUGCUCAACAUACAUCAUGCUUAGAUGUUGAUGAGUGUGCUGUAAGGAAUGGUGGAUGUCAAGCUAUCUGUAUAAAUACUCCAGGAUCCUUCACCUGUGGAUGUAAACCUGGCUUCAUCUUACUACCAGAUCAGAGGUCUUGCCAAGAUGUAGACGAAUGUAAGGAGAACCCAGACAUAUGUAGUAGUGGUAGAUGUACCAACCUACAAGGGUCAUAUAGAUGUACUUGUCUGGGUGGUCUAGCUCCUACUGAUGAUAACAAAAAUUGUAUAGACAUAGAUGAAUGCAACUUAGGAAAGGAUUUCUGUAGAAAUGGACAAUGUAGAAAUACACAUGGAUCAUUUACCUGUGUAUGUGAUCCAGGAUAUUCUGUCAAAGAAAGUACAAAUGAUCCAGGAUGUACAGAUCUGGAUGAAUGCACUGAAGGUUCAGCUAGGUGUGAUCCACAGGCAGUGUGUAUCAAUACCAUUGGUUCAUUUAAGUGUGACUGCAGACCUGGCUAUAGUGGUGAUGGAUUUACCUGUAGAGAUGUAAAUGAAUGUACACGUAACAACGGUGGCUGUGAUAUAGAUGCCACCUGUGUAAAUGUACCAGGCAGUUUUAGAUGUGUUUGUGAUGAUGGUUAUACUGGUGAUGGGUUCCAUUGUAGAGAUGUGGAUGAGUGUACUGUUGACAGAUUAUCUUGUCAGAAUGGACAAUGUAUAAACAUUCCAGGCAGUUAUAGGUGUGAAUGUGAGAUGGGAUUUACUACGUCAGAAGAUGAGAAAGCUUGCCAAGACAUUGAUGAGUGUAUAUUCAAGCACUUGUGUGUUAAUGGACAAUGUGAGAAUACAUAUGGACACUUCAGAUGUAACUGUGAACAGGGCUAUACACUGGACCAGACAGGUGGAAAUUGUACAGAUAUAAAUGAGUGUUUGAACCCAGAUAACUGUAGAUAUGGGACGUGUAUAAACACCAGUGGAAAGUACAUCUGUCAGUGUCCACCAAACUUUACGUUGACACCAUCUGGAACAGCUUGUAUUGAUUUAAGAAUUGGUACCUGUUACUUGGAAGGGCCUGCUGUAUCACAAGGAGUUGGUAGAUGUAGAGGAGAGAUUGGUACAAACUUAUUACGAUCUUCAUGUUGUUGUUCUGUUGGUAAAGGAUGGGGUGAAGCAAGGGGCAUGUGUGAGCACUGUCCCAGAAAUGGAUCAUCUGAGUAUAGAUCCCUCUGUCCAGGUGGUCCAGGAUUCAAACCAGGAAACACCACAACAGGAGGUAUAGAUGACAUAGACGAAUGUGUAGAAAUCUCUGGUAUAUGUGAAGGUGGAGAAUGUCAGAAUACUUAUGGUGGAUAUAUCUGUAUAUGUCCUACUGGAUAUAGACUCCAGCGUCACAGGUGCAUAGAUAUUGAUGAAUGUAGAGAGAAUCCUACAUUAUGUGGAGAAGGGACAUGUGCUAAUAUACAAGGUAGCUUCAAGUGCAUGUGUCCUGAUGGAUAUGUACCAAUGAUUGGUGAGAAAGGUUGUAUGGAUAUGAGGAAAGGAAACUGUUAUUCAUCAUACUUUACACAGCUGAGACGACCAUACCAGCUGGUUUGUGAAAGUCCUUUGUCAUCUAAUGUCACCAAAAAGAUGUGUUGUUGUAGUUCACUUGGUAAAGCUUGGAAUUCUCCCUGUGAAGUAUGCCCAGAAGCUGGAACUGGAGACUAUAGUGAGCUAUGUGGACCAAAAGAUAUUAGUCGUAUAAAUGAAUGUGAGAUAUUUGGAAACAACAUAUGUAAGAAUGGUCAAUGUUUUGACACAGCAGAAAGUUUCAGAUGUCAAUGUAAUACUGGUUACCUGUAUAAUCCAACAACAUUUAACUGUGAAGACGAGGAUGAAUGCAGAAGACAAUUGUCACCAUGUGCUGGUAUAUCACAAUGUAUGAACACUCAAGGAAGUUAUUUCUGUAGGUGUCCCACUGGAUAUAAACUGACCCCUGACCUUCACAGUUGUCAAGACGUGGAUGAAUGUAGGGAUAUUUCUGGAAUCUGCAACAAUGGUGAAUGUACCAACUUGGAUGGCAGCUUCAAGUGUAUCUGUAGACCUGGUUAUAGGCUUAACCAAAACAGGGACUCUUGUAUAGAUAUUGAUGAAUGUGUGGCCAGACCAGGAUUUUGUAGAAAUGGUACAUGUGAAAACUUGGAAGGAGAUUUCAGCUGUCAUUGUAACCCAGGCUUUAGAUUGUCAGAAUCCAGAGAUUGUGAAGAUGUAAAUGAGUGCCUUAACCAGGUAGGAAUGUGUCAGAAUGGACGAUGUAUAAACACAGUUGGAAGUUUUACUUGUCAGUGUCAAGUUGGCUUCACAUUGUCACCAGAUGGUAGCAACUGUAUAGAUGUGGAUGAGUGUCAAGAGGACCGAGACAUAUGUAGGAAUGGAAUAUGUAGGAACACAGAUGGAUUUUAUAGAUGUUUCUGUGAUGAUGGGUAUAUUAUGUCCCAGUCAGGAGAGUUUUGUGUUGACAAGAAUGAAUGUUUAACAGAAGCAGGAUUGUGUGCCAAUGGUAGAUGUGUUAAUACUGUUGGUGGAUUUAAAUGUAUCUGUCCUCCAGGGUCACUAAUGACAUUGGAUGGUAGAAGUUGCUUAGAUAUAAGAGAAGGUAACUGUUUCAACAGAUUUACCAAUGGCCGUUGUUUGGAUCCAAGGUCCAGAAAUACAACACGUCCCAAAUGUUGCUGCAGUCGAGGCGAAGCCUGGGGAAGCUCAGAACUUUGUGAGAUUUGUCCCAAACCUGGAGAAGCUGGUUUUGACCUACUAUGUCCUGAUGGUUUUGGAAGAAUCACAGAUCCAUCUGGAGGAACAAGAGAUAUCAAUGAGUGUGUAGAUAAUCCAGACCUUUGUAGGAACGGUAGAUGUAUUAACACUGAUGGAUCAUUCAGGUGUGAUUGUGACCCUGGUUAUAAACUGGACAGAUCUGGUACUACAUGUAUUGAUGAUGAUGAGUGUGUAAGCAGACCCGGUAUUUGUGGAAAUGGCACCUGUACUAAUGUCAUUGGUAGCUUCCGGUGUUCUUGUAGUGCUGGAUUUGAACAAGGCAUAGACAAUACAUGUCAAGAUAUAAAUGAAUGUAAUGGUCCAUUGAACAACUGUGCAUUCAGGUGUGUCAAUAUACCUGGAUCAUUUGCCUGUAUCUGUCCAAUGGGAUAUUCUUUAGCUUCUGAUGGUAUUCAUUGUCAAGAUGUGGAUGAAUGUCAGACCCAAGCUAACACAUGUCGAUAUGCCUGUAAAAAUUUAGUGGGAUCAUUUAUGUGUAUCUGUCCUGAAGGUUACAGAGAAGUAGGACCAAAUCAGUGUGUUGAUAUAAAUGAAUGUCAGACUAUACAAGGUGUAUGUCAGCAUGGACGCUGUACUAAUCUACAGGGUAGUUACAGAUGCCAAUGCCAGCCUGGAUAUAGUGUCAGCAGUGAUGGAAAACAUUGUGUUGAUUCAAGAAAUGGUUACUGUUACCUACAACUAACAGGAGGAAGAUGUCGGCCUGAAUCUUCCACUGUAUCCUUGUCUAAAACAGAUUGUUGUUGUUCCUUAGCUGAUGCCUGGGGACCAGCAUGCGAAAGAUGUCCUUCAAGAAAUUCAAGAGAAUUUAAGAGGUUAUGUCCUCAUGGUCCUGGGAAAGAUACAAGAGGCGGAGAUUUGAAUGAAUGUUUGUUGUUUCCAAAUGUGUGUCUCCAUGGAAAGUGUGUGAACCAAGUUGGUUCUUACAGAUGUAUGUGUGACAAAGGAUACAAAACAGAUAUCACAGGAACUAAGUGUAUAGAUGUAAAUGAAUGUGAAGAUCGCCAGAAGCCUUGUGAAUUUGUAUGUCAGAAUAUCCCAGGCAGUUACAAGUGUGCAUGUCCUCGUGGUUAUGUGCUGAAUAUGGAUGGAAAAUCUUGUAGAGAUUUGGAUGAAUGUACAACAAUGCAGCAUAAUUGUCAACAUGAAUGCGUCAAUACAGUUGGAAGUUUCCAGUGUGGAUGCAUGACAGGAUUUAGACGUGGUCCAGGACAACAGUGUAUUGAUAUAAAUGAAUGUAACGAAAAUCCUAGAUUGUGUGGACCAGGGGGAACAUGUCAUAAUACUAGAGGAAGUUACAGAUGUACAUGUCCUGAUGGAUACAAAGUGGAUAUAACAGGAGAAAGAUGUGUUGAUGUAGAUGAAUGUGCAGAUGGAAGAUGUAAAGAGGGCUGUCAGAACCUUGUUGGCUCAUGGAAGUGUUCAUGUCCUCCGGGGUACAUACAGACUUAUGCUUGGGGACAAUGUGAAGACACAGAUGAAUGUACUGAUGGUUCUAUCUGUGGAGUAUCACAGUGUAUUAAUAUGCCUGGUAGUUACAGUUGUCAGUGUAAUACAGGAAUGGACUUUGACCCUAAUUCAUUGUCCUGUAUCACUUUAAAUGCUUGUGGUACUGAUCCAUGUCUCUUUGGAUGUGCUCCUACAGUUUCUUCCUUUACGUGCGGAUGUCCUAGUGGAUAUCAUAGCUUAGGGCAAGGGCAUUGUGUACUGGCUGUAGAACCAACGUUACAACCUGGUCAGAACAUACCUCAUGUAGCAGCCCCAACAGGUGGACCAGGUGUCCCCCCAGGAGAAGGCUGUUAUCAAUGUGAUAUAGAGAAUAAAGAUUUACCUCUAUCAAAAAGAGCAAAAAGAAGUAUACAGGAUAACAACACAACUAUGAACUCUACAAUUGAGGAACCCUUAGAUCCAUCAAAACCUUUAGUAAUAACACUUCCAAGGACACAGAUCAAACCAAAAAUGACAAUAUUGAAAGUUUUACCAGCCCUUGUAGCUCUCAAAGAUAAUGUCAGAUACAAAUUAGCUAAAGGAAGUGGGAACAGAGUAUUCUUAAUGCAUACCAGGAAAGGAGUCAGUUCUUUACAGUUUAGGAGAAAAGUACGAAAGCCAAGGACAUUUAACCUUGACAUUGUAGGUCGUCCAAGAAUUAAAAGAGAAAAAAUCGCAGGCAAACUUGUGCAUCUGAAGAAAGUUGAUAUUCGAUUAAUUGUAUCUGUAUUAUGAGGAUUGUUACUUGUAUAUUUAGCAAUUCACUGCCAUAAGUCCAGUCCAUACAUUGGAUAAAAGUGCCUUUAAAACAAGGUUUGUUUGGGUUGAAAUGUUCAAAUUCAGGUCUUAUUGAGAAGUGUAUUGUCUUCUAUGCAACAAAAAUUUUAAAAUGUUAUAUGCUGUUCAGAUAGCUGUAAAGAUAGUUCAACUUUCAGGUACCACUGACUAAUUCUCAGUAAUUAGAAAAUGUUUAAUUUUCAAAUUAAGAAUUUUAAAAGAUAGAUAUGUAUGUAAAAAGUAGAUAGCUAUAGAUAUAUUUGGAAAUCUCUCAGGAUUUUAAGGAUAAGUGCCAGUAAGUGUUAAAGAAAUGUUUUAUAGAUUUUUGUGUGACCAACAUUAUGACAGAUUUUUUGCCAAUGAUAAUGAGAAAAAAAUAACUGCUCAAAACUGAAUAUUCCAAAAAAUUUCUAAGGGAAAUAAAAUAAUCUGAAAAUCAUUGAAAUAUAUUUAUCUGAAAAUUAAACCUAUCAAAAUUCCAUUUUCUACCAGCUCUUAUAAGACCAGCAACUUUUGAUAUUUCUUUUAUCCUAAAAAAAGAGAGAGCGCUUAUUUUAGAAAAGUAAAGACACAGCAUUUGAUAAUUGUGUAUAAAAUCACAUGAUUUGCAUUUAUAUGUAUGUUUCACUCAUUGUUUUCAGUGUGUUUGGUAUGAGGUUUAGAACAUGUCUUAGGUCAUCCCUCAUCAAUUGAUAAAAGUAAACCAUUAAAAAUGCAGCAUUUGAAUAUAAAACAAUUUGGCAUUUCAGGUCGAAAAUAGUGAAAAUAUACUUAAUGAAAGUUUAUCGAAAUAAAAGUGUUUUUAACUAGUAUCCCUCCAUGCGAACAAAAAGAACAAAGACCUGUUAAAUAUUGUGUAAUAUAAUACAAACAAAUGCAACUUUGUAUGCCUUUAUUAAUGCUGUUUUUACUCAAGAUUGCCAUACAUAUUGACCAUUAAAGUUUGGUCAGACAAUAAGAUAACAGUUUCAUGGUGUGAUACAGUUUUUGUUGAUAUACAUUUUAUGAUAUAAUAGGUAUCUAGAUUAAGUGUUUUUAAUUUCAAUUUGUAUUAUUUUAGCUAGAAAAAAUAUAGCUGUUUCAAAAACAUAUUAUAAAGCUUUAAUUUAAACAUUGAAAUCCAUAUGGUUUCAUUAAUGCAUUUUUUGUAAAAAUGUAUAUUUAUUUACCUUAGAAUUUUAGAUUAUGCACCAUUUGUAUUUAUAUCUGUAUUGAUAUUAGGCAAAGUACAUGCUAAUCAUAUAUAUUUUGAUUGUAUUUUCUGCUUUUUUAAAAUUCAGAUGUAAAGUAGUAAAGUUGUUGUGUAACUGCAUGUACAGUAACAUGUAAAAAUGAGUGCUUUCAAAUAUAUAAAAUGUGUUCUAGUUAUUCUAGAUGCUCUAAAUCAAUUAAUAAACUAUACUUUUGUUA